AAGAGACGUAGAAGAAAUAAAAAUUUGUAUUUUUGAAGCGUUGCCAACAAAAGUUUACUGCAAAUGGCGGGAAUAUUACAUUAAAUCUGUUUUAGUAGUAACAUAUAGUGUCAUGGCGCCAAAAUUUUACACUACGUAUAUAAGAAGAAUAAAUAUUAAAUGGAUUUCUUUCAUAAUGUCCUCUGCAUUUUUGUAAUUUUCCUUGUGCAGUGAUGAAGAAUGAAAAGUAUCACACAGUACCUUAUGAAUGCUGUAAAAUCUAGUAAAAGUACAGUACAUUCUAAUGAUAACACGACGAAAGAAACAAACUCUACGAAAGGUUCUAAAGGUAAAUGUAAUCAUGUUAAAAUGAAAACAUCGCGAACAGAUACAAAAAAUGGAAUAUGUGAUAUCAUAAAAAGUAAUAAUGAUAUGAUUGAUGAUACACUUAAUUCUUUUACCAAGGUAUAUAAUGUGGACAAAAAUUCACACAAACCUAAAAGUUCUUCCUCGUUAAAGAUAACAUCGCAGAAAUUACGAAAUCAAGACCUAGAUCAUUUAUCAUUAGAAACAAAAAAUAUUUUGGUAAAUAAACUGAAACAUCAAAGAGAAAAACAAAAUUCUCAAAAUUGUUUAGAUAGUGAUAAAAAUUAUAAGAAAAAAUUGAGAAAUGAACAAAAUAUUAACACUGAUGUAAACUCCACUAGUACAUUUGAAAAUAAAAAUCAUGCUAAUAAUAUAGAUUUAUUAAUUAUUGACUCUAGUGAUGACGAUGAAUGUUAUCAUAAGGAAUCUAAUGCUUUUCAAAUUAUUAUGAAUCGUAAUAAUAAACCAGUCCAACAAACGUCGCAGAUCAGAGUUCCUUCCCAAAAUGAGGAAAUAGAUGCUGGAAAUUCUGAAGAAUAUAAAGAGAAAUUAAAACGUUCUAAAGAAAAGUUGAUAGCUUUAGCAGAUAGAAAAGGAUAUUCCAAAAGGAAAAUAUUUGAAUUAGAAGAAAGUGAAAAAGUGGAACAAAUUAUUCAUAAUCGUAUAAAAGUUUUUAAAAGAGAGAAGAAAGAAGAAAAGAAAGAUAAUGAACGCUCCAGUGUUUUAAGUCAAAGACAAUUACAAGGCAAUUUGUUAAAUUAUUUCAGGAAAACACCAGUAGAUUUAACACAUACAAAUAUAUCAGAUAUGUCUACUAUUGUAGUCAAGGCUGAUGUACAUAUAGCAGAAAACUCCAUUAAACAUGGUAUACGUAACUCAAAUUUAAGCAAUGAAAUACGGCCAAAUAGAAAAAAUAGAUCAGAUUUGGAUUUGUCUCAAAUUGAUGAUAUUAAUAUCAUUGGAUCUGAAAAUAUUAGUAUGUCACAUAAAAAGAAAGAACAUGGUCAACAACAACAAAAUAAUAAAUGCAGGUGGUCCUUACGAGUUAAAUUUCGAAAUUACGAAGACGAAAGUUCUAUCUUGGGUGACAGUAGCGAUGAAGAAUUAUUCUCACCAAGAAGUAAAGAUAAAUUAAAUGUAGAAAAUUCAAAAAAAUCUAAAAGAAUUAAAAAUAUUUGUUCCGAAGAUUUAUCCUUAAAUGUUAAAAGCAAGAGAAGUAUGCCAAAACAGACGAAUGAAUGUGUGAAGGUAAAAUUAAAGGAAUUAAAACAAUCAGAAUGUUCUACAGAUGGUAUUGUAAUAAAAGAUAAUAAAAAUUCAAAAACUACAUUUAAAAAUGAACAUAAAGUAAUGUCUCGUAAACACAAAUCAAUCGUUAUACAAGAUAAAAAUGAGAUCAACUAUGUUUGUACCAAUUUAGAAAAUAUUAAUGAAGUUAAACUGAGUGAAAUAAACACACUCAUUCACGAUAAUAAUUCAAAGAGAAAAACGACUGAUAAAUUAGCACCCUUAUUUACAAAACGGCAAAAACCAGAUCCGGAAAUUGUAGCAGCACGGCAAUUAUUUUUACAACCAGAUAUAACAGAUAAAAAUAACAAAACUAUAGAUCGAAAAGUAAAUGGUUAUGGUACAUUGCCAUUUCCAGGUAUUAGCCACAUUACACAAUUAAGCAAUUUAAAUUCUGACGGAAUGAAUAAUUUUCAUAUUCGAGACAAAAUUUUGAACCAAUAUGUUCCAGAUUUAAAUGUAAAUAACUAUAAAUUUAUAAUAGAUUUUUCUGAAACGAAGUUAAAAUCAUCAACAAAUAUUCAGAAACCGAAAAUUCAGGAAGUAUUAUCAGAAAUGGAACAAAACUGUCCAGAUGUAAGGAAAAUGUGGGAUAUUGUUUUGUUCGCUAUUAAAGGAAAUUCUAAUAAAACGAUGUCUCCAAAAACAAAAACUAGAAGAAGUAAACAAUUGGAGAAAAAACAAAUGCUUGAAUGUAAAAGCAAAGGUAAUCAAAUUGAAGGUUGUAGUUGGACUUACAAGUAUAGACCAAAAAAUGCUAAAGAAGUAAUUGGAAACGAAGAAGCUGCUGCAAAGCUAAAAGAAUGGUUGAUUGGGUGGACAGAAACAUUUAGAAAUGAAGAUGAUAGUAGUGGAGAUGAAUUUUAUUUAUCAGAUAAUAGUUCCUCAAGAAUGAGUGAAAAUAAUCAAGUGGCUGUAUUAUUAGGACCACACGGAAGUGGUAAAACAGCUACUGUGUAUGCAGUAGCAGAAGAAUUCGGUUAUACCGUAUUAGAAGUAAACGCAUCAUCUAGAAGAACUGGGAAAAAGCUUUUAAAAGAAUUGGAAGAGGCAACUAAAUCACAUAGAAUAAAAAAAAAGAACAGCGCGUCUGCUUUUUUUAAUUCAGUUUCAAAUGAAAUGUUACCAAAGGAAAUACCACAAAAUUCUCUCAUUCUCAUAGAAGAUAUUGAUCUUGUAUUUGAAGAAGACGAAGGUUUUACUUCUGCUACAUAUCAAUUAGCAUCAAACACAAAACGUCCAAUUAUCAUGACGUGUAGGGAUGUUUAUCCACAAUUGAGUAAAGUAGCACCUCAGCAAAAUAGAAUUUAUUUUCAAAACGUUGCUGGCAGUAGAAUGUUUGCUUUGUUAGAACUGAUUUCAUUAGCAGAAACUGGUUACAAACUACCGCAUAACUGCAUAACAGAAUUAGUGCAAACUGGAGAUUUACGCAAAGCUAUACUGCAGUUACAGUAUCUAUUGCUAUCUGGUCCAAUACAAAUACCAGAACAACAAUGUAUAAUUUUCAACAACUCUUUUUGGCAAAAUAUGCAACAUUACUUAUAUAAGCCAGCAAUUAAAGUAAGUAAAAGGCAAAGAACAAAAAAGAUUGCAGACAGAAAAGUAACAAAUGAUAAUAAAGAAAUAUUAAAUGAUGUAGCAAGUAAAUUAGAUAACAUAGUUUUAUUGUCAUCUUUAAUUAACAUAGAAGAUACUGCAUUAAAUUUAUGGCAAAUAAAAACACAACCCAGUCUGUCUCUGAUCGAGGAUACUGCUUCAUAUUCAGUUUCAAAUAAUAUAUGUUUAAACAUAGCUGAAUGGAUAAGUGACAAAGUUACGUAUAAAGAUCACUUAAAUAAACAGAAUGGAACCCAGUAUCGAAAUAAUAUCACAUUAAAGAAACAAUUAAACACUGGAAUAAAUAUAGCAUUAUCACACACUGCAUCUUUAGUGCUCGAUCGUCGAAUUAUAUCUACAGAUUAUCUUCCAUCUGUAAGAACGAUAUGUAGAGCAGAAGAAUGCAAAGUUAAGAUGAAUCUUAAACGAGGAAAUCGAUUUUUUCAUUAUCUUCACAAUUUAAAAGUUCCAUCUACAUCAUUCCAGCCUAAUAUUUUAUCAGCAGCAUGUCAAGUAAUGUACGACAAAAUAAACAAUGAUACGCGUAUAAUUAAAAGUACUAAUUAA